GCCCCUCCCCGAUUGUACGUAGAAAGUAGGGGGAUAGGCAUCCAAUAUAUCUCUUAUUUGCAUGAAUGGUCAUUAUAAACAAAGGGGAGACAGGUCCCUAUAUGCCCCUCCCCGAUUGUACGUGCCCCUAGAUAUAGAUGAUACUGUCGUGGUACAUUUAACAUACAGUUAUAUUGAAUGCUGUUGCGGUUACGUGGACAAUAAGAUAAAUGUACAUAUCGUGAUCAUACAUUGGAUUGAUUGAUUGAAUAUUGUUUAACGUCCCCCUCGAGAAUAUUUCAUUCAUAUGGAGACGUCUCCAUUGCCAGAGAAGGGUUGCAAAAGUUAGGCCUAUGCUCGGCGAUUACGGCUGUGACACGGGACCUCGGUUUUUGCGGUCUCAUCCGAAGGACCAUUUAGUCGCCUCUUACGACAAGCAAGAGGUACUGAAGACCUAUUCUAAUCCGGAUCGCUACGGAAUGUGAUGCAUUGGACUAACACUGCCACGGUCACGUGAUGUACGGUAAUACUUGUUAUUGCAACGUCUUUCCAUGUGCCCGGUGUGAUUUAGCUAUGUCACUACAAACUUAAGAUUAUCAAUGUUUACACACAUGAAAUCGAUUGUCUUUAAAAGUUAGGGAUAAUAUUUGAAUUUCAGAUUUAGUGAAUCUCUCCCAAGAAGCAGUAUUGAAACAAACAAGCAAAUAUUUGGUAAGGAUUCGAAUCAAAAGUUGACCACUCGAAGGCGUGAAGACCUUCAAUGAACAUUUUAAAAUGCGAAAGUAAAACGAUUAUUCUCUUCCGCUAAGCAAAUAAAUAUGUUUUCUUAAUUACCAGAUGGUCAAAGGGUAUUAAACUUUUAAAAUGAACACUGUAUUUGUUUAAGUUUGGACACUAAAAUAGAGCCUGGUGUUUGGUCGUUUUUUUUUUUUUUUUACCGGGGUAUGAACAGUAGGCGCUCCUAAGCAAACAGGGGUGAAUGAAUCAAGGGUAUGUAUGUUUAAUGUUAUAAUAUUCAUACAUAUAUAUAUGCUUAUAUGAAUGACAAUGAUGGACAACAACCAGCCAAUGUUAGAACACUCUACCUAAUCCAAGUGACGAACGGCGCGCACCUACUCGUAGCCGCUCCCGUUCAUAGAUCAAAUUGCUUAAUUGUAAAUUUCCCUGUGUAAGAAAUUGCAAAAAUUAUCGAGAUUUUGAAUACAUUAAAAACUGAAUAGAAAUUCGAUUUUUAAAUCAGCAAGAGAUAUGAAACUGUACAUGGUGUUUGAUUUUUAAAUCUCAAAGCUAAACAGCGGGGAGAAAAACAUGGACUACCUAUCGACACUGGUGAAAUUUUCUGGACAACUUCAUCGACAUAGAAAGCACCAUUCCGGCGCGGAUCCCGUGCCCAGAGAGAUGGGGUCCCCGGGGGAGCGACUGCGACGAUGUGUACGACUGGUCAUCGUCUGUGUGCGGCUCUGUCAACAAAGCCAGAAGAGGGUGGAAUCUCAUGGCUCGGAAUUUCUGUCCGUUCUACAGUAUAUGAACACAUUGGACGUCGACAGAGGGGGGCUGUAUUUCGACCCCUCAGACUACAGGAAAACCAACAAAGAGGAGAGGUUGCCAGUGGAGGCCAGACGUAUUCUACAGAGACCCCAGGAUCUCCGGACAGACAGAGAGAUACAUUACCUCCAGAUCGUUUUACGGAAGAUAAAAGCGUUUGCGGAGUAUCCUAAUGAAAUGCAGAUCAAGCUGUGCCAGGUCGGAUGGUUUGAGGCGUACAAUCCACGGCGGGCCAUCGUGAGACAGGACCAGCUCCCGCAAUCCUUUUACUUCAUCAUCUGCGGUACAGUGCUAGUGACGGCCCACAACAAAGGGGAGCACAGGACGAGACUCCUGGUCAGUUUACACAGAGGAAUGUCCUUUGGGGAGUUGGCAGUGAUUACAAAAAAGCGCCGACAAGCUACAGUGAGCACGCAGACCUUCACCGAACUCCUGUGUAUCUCAGCCACGGUUAGUAGUGCGCGAACUUGGACAGAGCAUCUGUGUAUUUCCGCCACGGACUUUGAGACGAUUUUCAUGGCGGGCGGUAUAAAAAGUGUGACCGACCCUCGUCACAACGCCUUCCUAAGCAAAGUGCGAUGUCUCCGCGACUGGCCGAUCGAGUCUCUCUCUGAAAAUCCGCAAGCAUGUAUGUUCCAUUAUUUCAACCGUGGGGAGAUUUUGGUUCGCGACAGUAAUAGGUCGGACUGGAUCUAUAUAGUGAAGUCGGGCAGUCUAUCAGUUGUGAAAAAGUUAAAAAAGGUAGAACCCGAAAAAAGUCGUCCUCGAACAUUCCAUAGCACUAAAGGUAAACAACUGGAAGACGACCAUGACGAGUCUAAAUCCUUUGGCACGUGGUCCUACAGAUUACAUAAUCGUCACAAGCGCCCUCUGACGGAGAGAGUACCAGAAACAUACAAGACCAACUAUGAGCUUGAAAGACGUCUGGACCAAACACUUCCGGGUUACUACAACACACGUGACAGGCUUGGUGUGAUUGAUUAUGAUGACGUCAUCAGUAAUUACAGAGCGCGUCUGGUGAAAAAUCAGGAACCCGAAAACUCGACAGAGGACCGGCAAGUGACAGAGGAGCCAAAUCAAUCGGAAGAAAAUGUCCUUAAACUGCCGCACGUGCAAAAAACUACAAAGCAUAACCUUGUGAACACGGGCGCCUAUCUCUCAUCGAAUUUCAACAAACGAAACAAAGAAAAGAAAACCUCAUUAUCGCAGGAAAUCGCCAGGAAAGAAAGGGAACUUCAACACAAACUGUCCACUCAAGUGGAAGGCCGGAAGACGAUCGUCAAUGAAUACGACAAUCGUCCGCCGUCCCGUGUCGUACUGACAGAGGCGGAUCUCCACCCCGUGUUUAUCGUGGUGCAGGUUUUGGAAAAAGGACAAUACUUUGGAAUUGCUAAUAUGAUCUACCAAGACCAGCCGAGCAUGUCGCUGGUCAGUAAUGGUGCAGAAUGCAUAAUGAUAUCCAAAAAGUUUUUUAUGGAGAAGAAAACGGAUGCCACGAUGCGGAGUAUCUACCAGUCGGAGUCACCAUUUCCAAAUGACGAAACUCUACAACGACAACUUCAGAGCUACGUCAACUGGCAGUCUCACCGGAAGCGGGUUUACGAUAGGAUUGUGGGUCGUCUGAAGGAUAAACAGAUCAAACGGAAACAAUUCAGUCCUCAGGUACAAGGGCAGUACUGUUUCAGGACCGGGCCAACCUGACCUUCGCAAAAGCAAUAAAAUAAAAACUACAGAAAACGCCAUAAUCAAGUGUAUACGAAUUAUUGAAAAUGGCGGCCCGACCCUGGAAACAUAAAUGGAGGACAUUUCCGGUGACACAGUAAACGUAAACAUAUUUGCGUGUCUGGUUGCAAUAAAGUAUUAACUGCAGUGACUACGGCUGAACACCUUUGUGAUCAGUAGCAUCCGUAAUGAGCCCAUCGAUUUCUGCAAGAAUACGGCCACGGUCAAUGACUUGAGCCCGGUAAUAAGGCAGUUAACAAUUUGUAAUAUUUUCGUUGUGAACUUCUGAACGUGCUCUCAAUGUAAGUGUAAAAGACCAGCACAGAAGUCGAACUUGUCAGAGAAUUAGUCUGAUCAGGAACUCACUAAUCUUUACAAUUGUGUGAGGCCAUAGUAUUUCGGCGGUUCUCUGUAUGGUCACGUGCUUUUCUGAUCAACGCGGGUUUGGGCCACUCUCCACUCGCUCAGUAAUGUUACAUGUACUUGUAGCAUUCAUAGUAAACAUGACUGGUUUGUUAUGAUUGACUAUUCAGCUGAUGAGUUUGUGAUAUGUUUGUUGUAUGUAUUAGAGGUUUAUAAAAGUUUUACGUGAAGAGAGUGCUGACGAGCUGCAAUCCUAUAUAGGACACAUUGUUUUGAUUAUUUAGCAUUUAAUCUAUCUAUAUCAAGACGACACGAGGGGAAAUAUGAUAAUAUCUCUACAUUCAAUCAAAGGUCAUGUUUGACAGUACCAAAUUUUCAUAUUUGACACGUUCCAUCUUAUUUUAUGAAAGGUGUAGAUAACGAACAGUGAUGAAUCUCAUAACUCCUAUAAGGAAUACAAAAUAAAGAGUUGGGUAAACACGGACCCCUGGACAUAGCAGAGGUGGAAUCAGGUGCCAAGGAGGAGUAAGCAUCCCCUGUCGAACGAUCACACCCAUGUUAUGUUAUCUGAAAUUGUGGUUUAUAAUUAUUUGGAGGUCUUCUCUGCUGAAUGGGUACAUAAUUUUAUGAAAAUCAACGUAACACCUUUUUGAAUCUGUUCUGACAUUGCCAGGAAGUGUAAUGUAUAAAGUGACAAUUCAUUCGAAGCGGAGAGCAGAAUAUCGCAGAUAAGAUCAGAAAUCACUUUUUUUUUAAACUAACAUCACAUUCGUCUGUAAUUUCUUUCUUGAGAAAAUUGAUAUGGUAGCCAAUUACCUUAAGACCUUACAUCCCCGGGGUUCUGAAACUGUGGUGUAAUCUAGUUCCAGCUAAGCUUAUUUCCCCAUACAUAUACUUUAAAAAAAAAAAUGAUUCGUGGGUUCUGUUCCCUAUGGUAUCCAUGGAUAUAGCGGCAACAGUUCACCAAAUGACUGUCACAUUGAAAAAUGAAUAAAUAACUGCCUCCGCUGGGAUUUUAACAAUCAACUUCAAAUGCAAGAACACGGAGGUUCUGCUCUUUAUUUUUAAUCUUUAUGUUAUAAGCAUUAGGACGUGUCCAUCAGUCUGUCACAAUUUAAAAAUGAGUAUGAAAUAAUAAAACGAUGAAAAAGAGAA